AUGAAAGAUCUUCAAAAAAAGAACUCAGUACGAAAGCAAGUAACGAAUGAAGACGAUGAACGAUAUGGCAAUGACAGCCUACACGAGCUACCCAGGACAAUACCAAAUGUAAAUCCCUAUACCAGAAAUUUAGCUUUCAGGCCUUCUUUCUCUUCUCAAGUUCCCUCGACAAGAAGCUUAUUCAACAACUAUUACAACCGUUCAAGUGCCAAUACAGUUGGAAAUGACACGAUAGACACUGACAGUAUCAGUUAUAACGGCAUUGCCAAAUUUCGAAGAAAUAGUGUAGAUAUACCGCUGCAAACUCAUAGUAGAUUAGAAGUUCGACCUAUUAUCGACAGGCAAGACUAUUUAUGGAGAGGAAUAAACGCUCUGGAUGACGUUAAAAAGCAGGCACAAGCAACCGAGCUGUAUGACCAAUUCCCACAAGGCUUUGAAAACAAAUUGAUGCAGUUGAGGCAAGCUCACAGCAAACUACUACAAGUCUUGAGGGAUCGUAACGCCAAAAUAGAAGAGGAGCAACGUCGUGAGGUGGCCGUGGCAACCGCUGCUGCCAUGAUGACAAGAACCCCAUCCCCGACAGGCAAAUCUGUGGGCGAUGAAGCCACCAGCAACAUGCAUAGUAGCAGCGCGAUUAGGAAUCCAAAUGGGCCCACUGUUGAUCCCGAAGAGGGUAAGUAUAUCCAAGAACUAGUGGACACUAUAAGGGAACUCCAAUAA